AGUUACUUGAAUACACAACCCCUUAUAUGUAAUCUGUUAUCUUCCUUAUUUUAUAUUAAUUAAAAAUGAGAAGUCAAACCGGAAACAGACACAUCAUUUCAGACUGCCACCCGAAGAACAGCAUUACCCACAAUCCACCGCUUUGAUGUUAGCAAACAGCAAUGGCGGCGUCCAUAACCAGAGUGGAAGAUGUAUCAGGACCUCUGGAGAAGUGUUUGUCAGGACUCGGGUUUGAGGUUCACCCCCUGAAGGUGGGCUGGUAUAACGCGGUCCUGCCCCCCUCCCUGGCCCUGUCGUACCCUGAUGACACGCUGGCCGUGGUGGUCUUCAGCACUCCUUCCAUGUUUGAGAAAGCCUUCCUGCCCUUCCUUGAGGAGCAGAGCUGUGGGGGUGUGCGUGACCCGAUCGAUCAGUGUGUGAGACAGUGUGUGUCCUCUGCUGUCUCUCAGUGUUUCCAGGGACAGAAGGUGGACGUCAGCUAUGACUUCGAGCUGCUGCCCAGCAGGAGGCCUCGUUUCCUCGCUCAGACGGCGGCUCACGUGUCCGGAGGAGCGUAUUACUACCAGCAGAGUGACGUCACAGAUCCACCAUGGACGGACAAAAAGAUGUUUGGGGUGUGUGUCCACCCUCAGUUUGGGGGCUGGUUUGCGAUCAGAGCCCUGUUGGUGUUCGUGGAUCUGAGGGGGGGCUCUGACCUGCAGCAGCCUCCUCCUGCAGACUGUGUGCCGAGCAGGGAGGGACGGGUCCAGCUGCUGGAGGCCUUCAACCUCCGCUGGCAGGACUGGAGCUACAGGAACAUCGUCCCUCCGGUGGAAACGUACUCUCAGAGACAGAAGGACUACUUCUCCUGUCGUCCCGCUGAGAGACUCGCUCUGCUGAAGUCGUGGGGUUUCCUGCUGAAGAAGGAAGGGGCUGAUGAGACGGCAGAGACUCAGGAGGAGCUGAGCGGACACGGCUGAAGGAUGAAACACAAACACAAACUUUCUCUGCUGGAAAGACUUUAAAUGAACCUUUAUUUGAACCCUGAUGGACAGCAGAGGUUUAGUGAGCCUGUUUUCAGGUCCGAGGGAAAACUUGGAGCUCUUGAAUGGGAACUUAUUCUUCAUAAAGCUGCUGUUUGAUGUGUUUCAUGGUUCACUGUACGGACAAACACUUUUAUUUGCCUUUUAUUUCCUGAAACACACAAACUGUAGAUGUUCAGCAGUGACUCCACACCGUUAUCAUGACUCCCUCAGUAUCAACGUGUUUACACCUGUAUCACCUGUAAUCUGUCCUCUCUGUAGUUACAUAAUUUUAUCAUUAAGUGCCAAAAACACUUAAAUUUAACUGUUUCACAAACAUUUCUGUUUCUAAAAGUGAAGCUAUAAAAAGACAAAAUAAAAACAUGUCAACAAAAUGACUCCAAAGUU